AAUAAAAAUAUUAAAAUAUGACUCAAUACUAAGACAAACAAGCAAAACAGAAAGGAACAAGCGAUUUCAAUAGAAAUUCUGCCAAGAAAAAUAUACAAUGGAUGAUAAGCACAAGAAAAAUACUCUCAGCACUUUUAGAAAACAAGCACAUGUCAAACAUAAUGAGAUUUCACUUCACUCUCACUGACUAUAAUAAAAAGUGCUGCCAGGAUGUGGAGAAAUUGAAGCCCUCAUAGAAGGCUGAUGGGAAUGAAAAAAGGUGCAGCCAAUGCGGAAAACAGUCUAGCAAUUCCCCAAAGGAUAAGCAUACAGGUAGGAUAUGACCCAGUAAUUCUACUUAUAGGCACAUACCAAAGGGAAAUUAAAAUAUGUCGAUGCAAAGCUUGUACGUGAAUGCUGAUUAACAACAUUAUUCAUAAAAGCCAAAAACCAAACAGAAUCAAUGUCCAUCACUUGAUAACUGAAUAAAUGAAAUAUUUAUAUCCAUACUAUGGAAUACUAUUUGGCACUAAGGAAUAGCAUGGAUGAUCCUCUUGAAACAUUAUGCUAAGUGAAAAAUGCCAAUCACAGAAACCACAUAUUUUUUAUUCUCUUUAUCAAACAAUCUAGAAAAAGCCAACUUAUAGAUAUAAAAACUAAAUUAAUGAUGGCCUAGAGCAGACAGGAUGGGGAUAUGCAGAGUGGGGAGAUAAAAGUAAAAGUGCACAGGGUUUCUUUUAGGGAGAUAAAAGUAUUUGUUGUAGUAGAUGCGCAAUUCUGUGAAUAUACUAAGAAAUAUUGAAUUUUAAACAAUAUAGUGAAUAAUAUGGAAUGUGCAUUAUAUACCAAAAGUUUUACAAAAAAAUAUUCGAGCCAUGAUAUGCGAGAAAUACUGACUCAGCUGUAUAAUUAUUUUAUUUCUAGUUCUGUGUGACAGGACUGCAGACCCAGGAGGCUCUCACUUGCCACCAUUUUUGACAGAACUCUAAAAUAUAUGACAUAAGACAUGUUACUUGCACUUGCAAGGUCAUCAAAGUUAGCUGGAUUAAUGCAUUUAUAAACAGAAAGGGACGUUAAACACACUUGAGUGAACACGAAGUCAUCUGCCUUUGCUCUGUCCACUUGGCAGCCACACUCUCAGACUGCUCAGAGGAUGGACUUACUUUGAAUGCAGGAGUUAAAUUUUACCUUAAUUAAUUUACUCUUGGUUUUAAGCAUGAGAAAUGACAGAAAGGACCAGCAACUCGAAUAAUAAGCAUUGCAUUUCACCAAGAUGGCUAUGAAAUUGGCUUCAGUUCUCCUGCUGAUGCAACUGAGUGGUCACUUUAGCUCUGGGACUUGUGGAAAGGUGCUGGUGUGGCCCACAGAAUACAGCCACUGGAUGAACAUGAAGACAAUCCUGGAUGAACUUGUCCAGAGGGGUCAUGAGGUGACUGUAUUGACACAUUCUGUUUCCAUUCUUGUUGAUCCGAAACAAGCAACCAGUAUUAAGUUUGAAGUUUUUCCUACAUCUUUAACUAAAAGUGAUUUUGAAGAUGUUAUCAUACAACUGAUCAAUAAAUGGAUAUAUGAUCUUCCAAAAGAUACAUUUUGGUCAUAUUUUUCACAGGUACAAGAAAUCACAUGGAAAUUUUCUGAAAUCAUGAUGAAAAUCUGUAAAGAUGCAGUUUUAAACAAGAAACUUAUGACAAGGCUACAAGAGUCAAAGUUUGAUGUGGUUCUUGCAGAUGCCAUUACUCCCUGUGGUGAGCUGCUGGCUGAGAUACUUAAAACACCCCUUGUGUACAGUCUCCGCUACUCUCCUGGCUACCAAUUUGAAAAGUCCAGUGGAGGACUUCUAUUCCCUCCUUCCUAUGUACCUGUUGUUCUGUCAGAAUUAAAUGAUCAAAUGACAUUCAUGGAGAGGGUAAAAAAUAUGAUAUAUGUGCUUUAUUUUGACUUUUGGUUCCAAACAUUUAAUAUGAAGGAGUGGGAUCACUUCUACAGUGAAGUACUGGGCAGACCCACUACAUUAUAUGAGACAAUGAAGAGAGCUGAUAUGUGGCUUAUUCGAACCUAUUGGGAUUUGGAAUUUCCUCGCCCACUCUUGCCAAAUAUUGAAUUCGUUGGAGGACUCCAUUGCAAACCUGCCAAAACCCUGCCUAAGGAGAUGGAAGACUUUGUCCAGAGCUCCGGAGAAAAUGGCGUUGUGGUGUUUUCUCUGGGGUCGAUGCUCAGUAACAUGACAGAAGAACGGGCCAAUGUGAUCGCUUCAGCCCUUGCCCAGAUCCCACAAAAGGUUCUUUGGAGAUUUGAUGGCAAGAAACCAGAUACCUUGGGACCCAAUACUCGGCUGUUCAAGUGGAUGCCCCAGAAUGACCUUCUUGGUCAUCCAAAAACCAAGGCUUUUGUAACUCAUGGUGGAGCCAAUGGUGUCUAUGAGGCCAUCUACCACGGGGUCCCCAUGGUGGGCAUCCCUUUGUUUGCGGAUCAACCAGACAACAUUGCCCACAUGAAGGCCAAGGGAGCAGCUGUUAGAGUGGACUUCAACACAAUGUCAAGUACAGAUUUGCUCAGUGCUUUGAAGACAGUCUUAAUAACCUAUGUGGAGUAUAAAGAGAAUGCUAUGAAAUUAUCAAGAAUUCAACAUGAUCAGCCAAUGAAGCCUCUGGAUAGAGCAGUCUUCUGGAUCGAGUUUGUCAUGCGCCACAAAGGAGCCAAACACCUUCGGGUUGCAGCCCACAACCUCACCUGGUUCCAUUACCACUCUCUGGAUGUGCUUGGGUUCCUGCUGGCCUGUGUGGCCACUGCUAUAUUCGUCAUCACAAAGUGUUGUCUGUUUUUCAACCGGAUGUUUGCUACAGCAGGAAAGAAAGAAAAAAGAGAAUAAUUAGAUGGAGGUUUGAAGCUGUAAUCCCUGAAGGAUGCAACUCCUCCAUUUUAUUCGAAGAAGAAGAGUUUAUGAUGCAAGAUUCCCUUCCUCCUGUACCACUAGACUUUUCACAAUUUAAUUUGUCAAAUCAAAGUUUGUUUCUGUCACUAUUGAUACAUUUUAAAAGUUAGAAAUAUUUUAUUCUGAAGUGAAAAGAAAAGCUGGGGGAAAAGUAAAAAUAAUUAAAUAUGAUAUGGGUUUGUGUAGACAUGUACUAUUCCAAUUCAGAAAUUAUAUCAAACUAUUUAUCAAAAUUUAUCAUUUCCAUAUUGUACAUGAACAUGAGACCAUCAAUAUAUCUUUGAUCAGUAUUAAUAUUGUUUUACACAUGCUUCGAAUUCUUUCCAUCAUUUGGGUAUAGUAUUUCGUAGUUUUAAUGUCUGUUGAAAACUGUCCAACCCUUACACACUGCUCACAACCCUGACUGGUGUGCUCUGCUGGGUCAGGCUCUCAGAUUUAAAAGGUGCUUCUUCUGCAUCCCUGGGAGCCCAGACUCACAGGAACUGCUAGAUUGCGAAUGGGAGGACCCAGAUAUGCAAUCAAGGCAACAACACUAUUGGCCAGCUCUUCCCCAGG